GUCCUGGAACUGCAUGUCUAUUGCCACACCGGAGACGGGAAGCCGGCGCCGGACCACCCUAUCGACGAGUCCCGAGGGCCAGGGCGAUUCCGAAAUGGAGUUGGCACUUGAGCUGGUGAAUCAUGUCCGGCCUGAAGUUGCCGACCGCCUCCUGCAGAGGCUUCGGGGGGCAGAGACAGCCAGGCAACUUGCGGAGGAGCGCUUCCAGCGCGCACGGUCACAGGAGGGCCGCUGGUGCCGGUGCGGUCGAAUCGUCGACGUGGCCCUCGUGGUGACUCUUCUGGUUCUCCUGGCUGUCCAGGUCGCUGACAGAUUCUCCCAGCUUGGGACGAAGGACCCGGACCCCUCGCCGCAGCCGCCGCAAGCGCAGAUGAGACAGGACAUCGAAUCUCCUCUGUUCAGCCAAGUACCAGCUCAUGCGCUUCAGGAGAACGUCUCUGACAGCAACGUAUCCUGCGAGGCCUUCCUUCAAGAGGCGCUCUUGGAGACGGACCAGUUGAAAAGGCGUCAUGAGCACCUUCAAGCCGGCUUCGCCGGAGCGCUGCAGGCUGCCAGUCAGUGGGUGGGCUUCCUUCAGCGCGCGGCGACGAAUGCAUCCCACGGUAACCUCGCCGAGUGCCGGGAGGCGGCCAAACCGGGUCAAGCCGCGAUCGAGGCGCUCCUGGCGGAAGCGGGAUCUGAGGAGAGCCAGAGCCAAGAUGGGUUCUGGGAGCUACCUAGGCCUUAG